AUGUCCCGUCAGUGGAACUUCACGCGCAGGUCAAAUGCGCCGCGGAUGCGCAUUCUCAGGCAUGGCGCAGCCUGGGGACAUCCACGCCGCAUUCGAUGUAUGUUUCGUCGAAACACUUACAAAGCAAUUGCUAAUCUUCUAGAUUCCACGGAACAAAAGUCAAUCAAUGAACUGCUCUACACCAGCUACCCCUCCCGAAAGGAAGUCGAUGGAGUCAAGAACCAGCUGGAACUCGACAACAUGAACGCCGACGACCACCAUCUUCUCGCCGUCGCCCUCGGAGCCCCAGCACGCCAAGUAAUGCGACGCGCAGAGGAGAUUGGACCCCAGACUGGAUGGCGCGAUGGAUAUCUCAGCGUCGAACACGGCUUCUGUCCUCCCGACUAUGAGGAACCCGUCAGUGCUCUUGCGAGGUCACCAGGAAGGAUAUGGUCCGAUUUGUGUGAGCGCAUGCCGGGAUGUUGCGCUCGAGGAAGAGUGAGGGAAGCGGUUGCUGCGCUGCCUCUGGUUGAAGGAACAGAAGAGUUCAUUCCCGAUCAAGCGCUUUGGGCUGCGGUUGUAGCUCUCGGUAUGCUCUGUUCCAUCUACCGAUUCGAAGACAAGCACGACGGAAAGGAUGGAGUCGCGAUUCAAACCAGCACAUCGACCAGGCCCCAAUGUCCUAUGGGUGAUGAUCUCUGCGAGGAACUGGUGGGUAUUCCUCUCUGCAUCGCUCUCCCAUACUUCCAGAUUUCACGAAGAAUGGGCAGGAUCUUGCCCCAUCUCUCGUUUCCCGAUCAGGCCUCAUACAACCUCAAGAUUCGAGACCCCAAGUCCAACUAUCCGUAUCUUGCAAGGUUCGAAAACACGGACCUCAGAUGGCCAAUGUUUGGAGAGAGAGCUGAGGUGGCGUUUCUUAAAGGAUGCGCCGAUACAUCUGCGUCGUUUCAACAUGGCCCAGAUGCAAUUGCCGCGUGUCAAGAGCACGUCAUGACCGGCAACAUUGAGGGCCUUCUCCACGAGAUGAUCCGCCUCAAGGAGAUUCUCGAGAGGAUGCCCAAUGCUUUCCACAGCAUCUCGCCAAACCCCAAUGCGGGAGACAACUACGUCUCUGCUGAUCGAUGGGUCAGAUGGGGACUCUUUUCUGCGCCCUUGUCUAGGCGAUGUCCGGCGGCUUCUGGUCUGCAGUUUCCCCCAUACCUGAUGAUGGAUGCAUUCUUGGGCCGAAAGACACACACAUCCUUCCUCGGCGUCGAGGCCGUCCAUCUCAGAGCAUGGCUCCCCUCCAACCACCGCGCCUUUAUCGCCGCUAUCCAAUAUCACUACUCCAUCCCCGAGUUCGUCCAAAGAUCCGGUGAUCCCCGUCUCAUGGGCGUCCUCGAGGGCAUAGUCGAAGCUUACGCCGGUGAACGCGGCUUCAUGGGAGUCCACCGAUACAAGGUUUUCGGCAUCCUCGAAAUCGCAGGCAAGACGGGACGCACGGCGACAAAUGGUCUUUCUGGGGCUGCUGAUGCGACGAGACCUUGGGAAGAGACUCAUAAACAGUUCUCGGAGGCUAUGAAGGAGCGACUUGAACCCUUUCGCGGAAAGCUCGAUAUCGAGCCUCAUUCCAUGCGUGGCACUUUCCAGGAGUGUCGAUACGUGACCAAAGUGGCUGGUUGCUCUGCCAUCGAUAAAGAUCCAAGCCGUUCGACUGCUCUGGUCACUCUUGAUAUCAGAGACACCGGUAUCACCUUUGCACCUGGAGAUCGCGUCGCUGUCAUGCCUCUCAACAGCUGGGAAGAGUGCGCAAAGAUGGUGGCAGCACUGGGCCUUGAUCAGCAUCUCGAAGAGCCAGUCGACACCACUGGCAUGUGGUCACGGUUCGAACAACAUUUGUCUUCUGUGAAGAGAAGCGCUCACAGACAACUGACGGUCAUCGACAUUCUCCGACGUGGUCACUUGGCUCCCAUCACCAAAGAGCUAGCUGUCAAGGUGCAUGAGUUGCUGCAUGCUUCGUCCAAUACGGUUCUGCAAAUUCUAGCGACUGAAGAGUGGCCUGUUGGUGGUUCUCUGGGCGAUCUUCUCCAGAAAGCCAUCACAGACACACCGCCCCAAAUCUGGGACAAGGCCUUUAGUCUCGACAACCUGGAUUGGCUGGCCGAGCUUGUGCAGCUCGAAGUUCCUCGCACCUACUCCAUCUCCAGCCACACCAACGAGUUGCUCCCAAACACAGUCGACUUGACCAUUUCUCGCGCCGAGUACAAACUCUGCUCCAUGUUUUCUCAAGGACAACAUAUUGCUCGGGCUGGCGUGUCGAGUGGCUUCUUCAAUCCUCACCCGUCAUCAGCCGAGAGCUCGAUCCUGUCAGACGAUGUCUUGCUCGGCGUGUCGAGGCCGGUUGCUUUCCAGCUACCCAUCGAUCAUAUGGCCCCCUGUGCAUUCUUCGCCGGCGGUAGCGGUAUCGCCCCCUUCCGAAGUUUCUGGCAGCACAGACUUCAAACCUCUGGUUUGUCCGGAGGCCGUAAUCUGUUGUACCUCGGAGUUCAGUCUCGUGAGAGAUUCUGCUACGAGAGUGAGCUUCGAAAGUUGGUCAACAUGGGAUUCAUGGAGGUGCAUCUUGCUUUCUCGCGUGAUCCUCGGGGUCUAGCAUACGAUGAUAUCCUCCGAGAUCUCGUGGAGAAGGAGACGCCUCCCCGCUACAUCGACUCUUUGAUCAUCGAGCAAGGUGCGACAGUCUGCGACAUGGUCAUGUCCAAGAAGCAGGGCGGUCUCGGAGGCUACCUCUACGUCUGUGGCUCAGUAUCAGUUUUUGACUCUGUUAUGAGCGGCAUUCGCAAGGCCAUGUACACCUACCGCACUGCCACAAUGGAGACUGUCGACCUCAUCAUCAACAAGGCAUUUGCAGAGCGACGAUUCAUGCUCGACGUUUUCAUGUCCCCCAAGGCCCUCCCCUGCAACCUCCCCACCAUCUCCCUCUCCAACCUGGCUCUUCAUACUGGCCAUCGCCCAGGAUCUCGCAUGUGGAUCGCCGUUCAUGGAAGUGUCUACGAUGUGACCGACUUCUGCCCUAUGCACCCUGGAGGAACCCUCAUCAUCAAGUCGAAUGCCGGUGUGGACUGCACCAAGUCGUUCGACAAUCUCGCGCACACCAACAAUCCCGAGGUAUCGAGUCUCCUGACAAGGUACUUCAUCGGUCACUUGUCUCCCAAGCCCGAUUACCACGGCGACACUGAACUAUCGACCCUUCAUGAUCUUUGGUCAGCUUACCUACGAGUCACCGUCGAGACCCUCGUGGCCCACCAAUUCGAGAUGCACGAGAUCAUGGGAGCUUCGAUCGACUCGCCAUCUGCUCAUGACCCCAACGGCAUCACCAACAUCUGGCUUCGCGAGGGUCUUCCCAACAUCAUUGCUCUCCGAACCUUUUACGGCUACCAAAGCCGUCUCUUGCAAGGCGGCUUCGCAGCUCUCUUCGGACCCAAGUUGGAGGAGCUCGUCCUUCGUCUCUCCUUCAGCUUUGCCAGCGCCGGUGGACCGGGAGCUGCAUACAAGCUACCUGACAUCCUUGGCACGAUUGCUCGAGCCAAGACAAGUCAAGACGCAGCUCACAGCACGAAGGAGAUCAGUUCCCUCGGAGACUUCAUCUGCGAUCCAAGCUCUGAGUUGCGUUUCCAAGAGCGGGGAGUCUUUUCCUACGCCACGAAGAGUGUGCAGCUUGACAUUGAACUUCUGGAGAAUCUCCGACAAGAAGCUUGUAACGGCAUGGACGCUUUUGAGAGCAUCGCUUCGGUGCUUGACUCUCCCGACAAGUUUGAUGCUGAUUCCACUCCUAUCGCUGCUUUGUCUGCCUUCCUCCUGCAGACUCUGGAGAGAAUGGCGCAUCGCUUAUCCAUGUACUACGCACAAUUGGCUCGCCUCUCUGUUUACCAGCCUGAGCUUGAGCACAACCCUGCCCGUACGCGAUGGGCUUUUGUCAGACGAUGCAUCCGCGAUGGCACAUUUUUCGUCCUCACUCAAGCUGUCGACACUGAGGCUUUGAUGGAUGGACAGUCAAACGCGUACUACAUGUCUGGGAAGUCGAGACAGAAGACUCACUUUGAGAACAUUCUUUCACAAGUCAACGAAAGAAUUAAUUCAUCUUCUGUGGAGGAACCUUCAAAGACAUUGCAGCCAACUUCAGUCAACGCGAUUCAUCACGAGAGGGGAAGAACCGUCACCAAGGACACGACCGUCGCCUCAGCUGCAUCUCGUCUGAAUGUCGGAGCGAUUGCGAGCAUGGAAAGCUUCAUGAAGAAGAACAAGACAGAAAUCCGGCGUCUUAGCACCAUGCCAAGCUCUCUAACGCCAUACCCCAACAUGCAAGGCCCACCAACACCGCCCAGCGAUGCAAACAUGGCGUUGCAAAUGAAGCUAGUGGGACUAAACAGAAGGCAGCGCACUCAAUCCACGACGUCCAUGCACAACUUCACGUCGGCCUCUGAGGUGAGGGAUUCGAGGAGGAAUAGGUCUGUCUCGGGCACUAGAAAUGCCUCAAGGGGGCGGUCGUUGGACCACGGACAUGGGAGGGAACCGUCGGCUAGUAGGUUGUUGGCGUUCAAGUUGGGUGCUUUGGCUGAGCAAAAACGAUCGAUGACAGCCCCAACAUUCUAG